AUGUCUCUUUCUUCGAAACUCGCGAUCACAGAUGUCGACCUGUCCGGCAAACGGGUGCUCAUUCGGGUGGACUUCAAUGUUCCCUUGGAUAAAGAAGGCAAUGUGACCAACAACCAGCGUAUCGUCGGUGCUCUGCCUACGAUCAAAUAUGCCGUCGAACACGGAGCGAAAGCCGUCAUUCUCAUGUCACAUUUGGGCCGUCCUGAUGGAAAGGCCCAGGCUAAAUACAGCUUAAAGCCCGUGAUACCUGAGCUGGAACGAGCGCUGGGCAAGGACGUCAAAUUUACGAAUGAUUGUGUUGGCAAGGACGUAGAAGAAACAGUCAACAGCGUUUCUGGCGGAGGUGUCGUUUUGCUAGAGAAUCUUCGAUUUCACGCCGAGGAAGAAGGUAGUAGCAAAGACGAGCAGGGUAAUAAAGUCAAUGCGGACAAAGGGAAGGUAGAGGAAUUCAGAAAAGGCUUGACGGCAUUGGGCGAUGUAUACAUUAACGACGCGUUUGGCACAGCUCACCGUGCCCACAGUAGCAUGGUUGGUGUGCAGCUCCCACAAAAAGCUUCUGGUUUCCUCAUGAAGAAAGAGCUCGAUUACUUCGCUCAGGCUCUCGAGUCUCCAAAACGACCCUUCCUCGCUAUCCUCGGUGGCGCCAAGGUUUCAGACAAGAUCCAGCUCAUCGAUAAUUUGCUCUCCAAAGUCGAUAGUCUGAUCAUUUGCGGUGGCAUGGCUUUCACCUUCAAGAAAACCCUCGAAAACGUCAAGAUCGGCAAUUCUCUAUUCGACGAGGCGGGCUCUAAGACCGUGGGCGAGCUCACUGAGAAAGCGAAGAAGAACGGAGUAAAGAUAGUGCUUCCUGUUGAUUAUGUCACCGCAGACAAAUUCGACAAGGAUGCCAAGACGGGAACUGCCACAGACGCAGAAGGUGUGCCCGACGGAUGGAUGGGAUUGGAUUGCGGUGAGAAGAGUAUUGCCCUUUUCAAAGAUACGAUUGCGGCAGCUAAGACCACGCUUUGGAAUGGACCGCCUGGCGUUUUCGAGCUAGAGCCUUUUGCCAAUGGGACGAAAAAGGUCAUGGAGGCUGCGGUCGACGCUUGUGGAAAGGGGAACACAGUCAUCAUUGGAGGUGGAGACACGGCUACUGUAGCUGCGAAGUAUGGGGUCGAGGACAAGCUGAGCCAUGUCUCGACAGGUGGCGGUGCGAGUCUAGAGUUGCUGGAGGGCAAAGAUCUGCCAGGGGUGAGUGCGCUGUCAAGUAAGUGA